GUUGGACAAACUUUUUUCAUACUAUAUUACAAAAUGACUACCAAAUUCUAAGAGUCUAUAUAAAGAGAAAUCUUUCAAAUGUUUUUGGAUUCAAACUUUUUUCCAACUAUACUUUCCCCUCCCAUUUUCUCUCCAGCAGUUGAAGUACUUCCAAUAUUGAAUGACCCACACUCGAAUUGAAGUGGCAAAGUUUGGCCAUUGCUUUAGUUUUGAUUGAGAUAUAUUGCAACUUGCAACUUGCAACUCUAGUGUGAGUUAUCCAUUUAUAAAAUUGAUACAACUGAAAUCACAUAAUUGAUUAAGAUGGUGAGUAGUAGAAAGAUUGAUCUACGUUCUGACACGGUGACAAAACCGACGGAGACAAUGCGAGCUGCAAUGGCGAUGGCGGAGGUAGACGAUGAUGUGUUGGGAAAUGACCCAAUUGCCGUUGAGUUAGAAGAAGAGAUGGCAAAGAUAAUGGGAAAAGAAGGAGGGUUAUUUGUACCAUCAGGCACAAUGGGGAAUCUAAUAAGUGUUCUUGUACAUUGUGAAAUUAGAGGGAGUGAAGUGAUUCUUGGAGAUAGUUCUCAUAUUCAUAUAUAUGAAAAUGGAGGAAUUGCAACUAUUGGAGGAGUCCAUUCCAGAACAGUUAAGAACAAAGAUGAUGGAACAAUGGACAUUGAUUUGAUUGAAGCUGCCAUUAGAGAUCCAAAAGGAGACCUUUUUUUUCCUACAACAAGGCUCAUUUGUUUAGAGAAUACUCAUGCAAAUAGUGGUGGAAGAUGCCUUGGUGUAGAAUAUAUUGACAAAGUUGGGGAGUUAGCUAAGAAACAUGAUUUGAAACUUCACAUCGACGGAGCCCGUAUUUUCAAUGCCUCCCUCGCUAUUGGUGUUUCAGUUGAUCGAUUGGUACAAGCUGCUGACUCAGUGUCGGUAUGCUUAUCAAAAGGUUUAGGUGCACCGGUUGGUUCGGUUAUUGUUGGUUCCAAAAGCUUUAUUUCGAAGGCAAGAAGGGUUAGAAAAACAUUGGGUGGAGGAAUGAGGCAAAUUGGGAUCCUUUGUGCAGCUGGACUCGUUGCUAUCAAAGAGAAUGUUCAAAAACUUGAGGCUGAUCAUCACAAAGCCAAGCAAUUAGCUAGUGGAUUGUGCCAAAUCAAAGGACUAAAGGUGAAUCCAAAAUCAGUUGAGACAAAUAUUAUAUUUUUUGAAAUUGAAGAGGACUCCCAAAUCUCAGCAAAGUUAUUGUGUGAAAGCAUGAAGGAACGUGGAAUUCUUUUGAUGCAAGAAAGCUUAUCAAGGAUUAGAAUUGUUGUUCAUCAUCAGAUAUCAACAAGUGAUGUGCAGUACACUUUAAAGUGCAUGAAGCAAUUUCUCUGUGGAGUUCCACUUCAAAAAUAUGGCAACUAAUUAAUAAUCACAACUCUCUCUCUCUCUCAAGUUUAGUCUCAAAUUUACCUUCAUUUUCUGCAACAACAAUGUUGCUUUUUUAAUCUAAUCCAGACUUUAAUCAUUACUUAAUGUAAUAAACUUAGACAUAUUUCCAAAUCUCCCUUAAAUAAAUAUAUAUAAACACACUUGAUGUUUAAUACAUACUUGAACUUUGGCCUAAAAAA